UGGCAAGACGUGCGCAUUUUCUGAAAAAAUUAACCCACAUGGAUUCAAUCCGCGUGAGAAUCGUUUUGGGGUUUUCCUGAAUGAAUCAACAGUCAGUGAAAGUUAAAUGCUGAAUUGCGUGCCAAUUGAGGGUGGUUUUUAUAGCCUGGAAAAUUCAUCGAAGACUACCUGCCUUUUUCUUUUGGGGCCGUCCGACAAACACCCCCUCAAAGUAAUAUAAAGUAAUUAAUCACAGAAAGUGUAUUUGGUAGGAUUUCAGUUAUGUGGCCAAGUGAUUAGGGAUAAAUAUAUAAUUUAAUGGGUGACACAUUUUGGAUAAGUCCAUAUUCUGAGCCCCCGGAAUUGUCGUAAAAAAAGUGAUGGGAAUCCAAGUUAAUUGCAUUUAGUGAAGGUAUAAGAAAACAAAUAGAAUUUCAACACAACAAAAAAGCUUAUCAUUCACUCAGAUUGUUCUUUAUACAUCACCAGUUUUCCAAAGAGUGAAAAGGGAGUUAAUGCGUGUCCUCGAUAAAAAGGAUCAAUGGUGAAAGAAUUGAGGUGGCGUGAGGUAGGAAUAUUAGAUUAAUUGAAAGUAAAUUGAAAGUGGAAAGGAAAUAUGAGCUAUAUCUUGCUAAACGUUUACGUGAGAAUAAGGGAGGAUGUAUGAGAGAUACUGUGAAUGCAUUGCCAAGCAAUAUCUACAGACUCUACCAUAGAAUUUUCUAAAUUGCUCACAUUUUCCAUUCCUAUCCGGACUAAAGGUGAAUGUUGGAGAAAGUGUGCUAAAGGUGAAUAUCAGUGGGUGGAAAUUACCAGAGAAGUGAGGUGAUUCGAUGAUCCACAGUUGGAUAAUCUGUGGAGACUGGUGAAGCUUAUGAUAUUUUUAAAGAUUGACAAAAGUUAGUGUUGUGAUCAGACAAUGCAAUUACUGCUUACAUGAGAACAUACCCUUUAGUGUCACUAUGAUGACAAAGGAGGUCGAUGAGCAUCACAAAAUUUUGAACGCACCUCCCGAAGAAAGUGCCAGCAGUAGUGGAGUAAGGAGAGUACCAGAAAUUGAAGCUGAAACUCUUGGUGCUCGAAGGAUCUUCAAGAAGACUUCACCAAAUGCCAUUCUGACACUAUACUUGGGUACGAGGGAAAUAAUCUCGAGACGUGGUGUCGUCGAACCACUUCGAGGUGUUCUCUACGUUGAUCCCAAGUACAUUGUAGGACAUAGACUGUUCAGCCAAUUAACUUUGACAUUCAGGUAUGGUCGAGAGGAUGAGGAAGUAAUGGGACUGAAGUUCUGUAAUGAGGCUGUAAUAGCACUCAAGCAAAUCUGGCCACAGGCUGAGGGUGUUUCAAUGAAGAAGGAGGAAUUGACCCCACUACAGACUGCACUCUUGGAGAGAUUGGGUGUUGGGGCACAUGCUUUCAGUAUUCAAAUUGGAACGGUAGCACCACCCAGUGUGCAAUUAAUUCCAGCCAAGCACUACAAUGGCGCUCCAAUUGGUACGAGCUACGACAUUAGAGCUUACAUUGCCAAUCAGUCGGAUGAGAAGAUGCAAAAGAGGUCAACGGUGAAACUGGGAAUAAGGCUGAUACACAAAAUUCCAGCUGAGAUCAGGUGUUGUCCCCAAGCACCUCAGUCUCAUGCACCAUCCAUCCCUAAAUGCCUCCGAUUGCGCCUGUCGCCGAAAGCUCUCAAGUUCUCCAAUAAGCUAUGUGGUAGUGGAAGCACUAAAGCUCGUCUUGAUGCUGCCAAAGACAAAAUGGUACCACAUACGAGUUCUGAUGCGGAAGUCUUUGAGGCACCUCAGGGAUCUGUCGAUAAGCCAUUCCUGUGGGCAGAGGGACGAGUGAGUCUGAAAGCAGCACUCAAUAAAUCAGCCUACGGCCACGACGAAGACAUAGCAGUGACCAUCGACGUGCGUAAUGACAGCCGAAAAAUCGUGAGGAAAAUUCGGAUCUUUGCUGUUCAGCACGUGGAUGUUUGUAUGUUCAGCAACGGUAAGUUCAAGAACGUCGUGGCUGAUGUGAGUCUCAAUAAUCAGCUGGGACCAGGGGAAUUUCUGCACAGUACCUACUUCCUCAUGCCAAUGCGAGCUCCUACGAAGAAUUGGAUAGCUGUGGAGGGUGCCCUAUUCAACACCUCAGCCGACACCAACUUGUGGAGCGAUAGUGCCAAGAUUGCGCCAAGCUCUCCAAUGGAACUCCAGCCGAACGAAGACCGCAAUGUCUUCGCCAUCUAUGUAUCGUACUACGUAAAGGUGAAGCUAACGUUAAGUGGAAUGGGUGGAGAGGUUUGUCUCAAGUUGCCCUUUGUGCUGGGUUACGUCGACACCGAUGGUACUAAUGAGGCACCGUCCACCCCACGUCAGAUUGUCCCCAAAGGGUUGGACUCCAUUGAUGCAGUCUGCGAGGUGGAUGAUAAGACAAACAUAGCUGGAGAGUCUACACAGAAAGACUCAACAGCGACAAAUGACACUCGCAUAGUUGAGGAUGAUGAUGAUGGAACUGGUGAAAAAGUAGAAUCCACUGUAACUGUACAAAUUCACACACCGAAUACCCUCGUUCAAGCUGAUAUUUAGCUUAAAUCCUUUUUAAUGCCCACAUCCCACAUACCAACCAUUGAAACAUUGAUGAGAAAUAGGAGAAUUUAACUCUGAUUUGACGGGCUUUAAUUAGAAUUCUUUUCUCAUUGUUGUUUUUUUUUAACGCUUUUUUCACCAAGCUCAUGAAAGACUAAUAUACGUUGAGUCAUCAUAUGGAUGUUACUGGAUCCUUUCAAUUCUACUUGUAUGUGCUUAUCAGUGGGAUAUAUCCACUGACAACCCCAUCUGAAAUUUCCCAAGACUGUCAAUCAUGACCGCAACAUUACUCCUCUUGCUUCAUGAAAAAUCCUCUGCAAAUCUAUUAGAAAAUAGAUGGAUUAAACAUCAAAGUGAAUGUACCAACUCAAUUCAAUUUAUUUAAAUUCAAUCAAUAUUAUUUAUUUCAUAUACUUGGUUGCAACUCCGCCGCAUUAUUACGAUAAAUCUAAUGCUCGAACUCGUGAGUUGGAUGCUAUAUAUAGGGGAAACUCGGGUAGUUGUAUAAACACUUCAAUUUUUUUAAUUACAUAUUAGACAUCUUAGGACGAGACCUAUAUGAAGUCAUAAAGUAAAGAGAUCUUUGUCCAUUAAAAAAUCAUCGACAAUAGAAGUCCAAGUAAUGUAGUCAUAAGAAUCAGUAUUUACAUCUGCCACAGCUUCCCCUUUACCCCAAAAGUACUUUCGUACUAAAAAUUUUAUUUAUUUUUUUUAAUAUAGCGUUUUUUAAAUUCUAUCUGAUAUGUCAAUUGCAUAAUGUCAAUCUUCUGAUGCAACCAACAAAAAACGUGUCUUCUUUCGCAGAUUAGGAUACCAUUUGUAAAAUACGUGAUAUUUAUGAUUAAAAGUGAAUUAAUUCCUUGCUCAAUUAAAGAAAAACAUAUGGCAUAGGGUCUACAAA